ACAUUAUUUAUGGUAGUAUAUAGUAUUUUAAUGCAAGUUUUCCCUAACUUACAAAUUCAAAGUUUCCCUUUAAAUCUAAAUGUCUUCAUUUGUGUGGACUUUAUUUAGAUUUAUGCGCCUCUUUAUUAAGAUAAAAAUGGAAACUUGUGGUGUUUUCCAUCGUUGCAUCUCUGCUGCUCAUGCGAUAAGGUGUUUUGUCUACGUGUGUGAGGCAGGCGGAGAGGAGCGAGUGCGAGUGAGCGCUCGGAUCCCUCCUCCCCGGUGCUCCGCCAGCCCCUCCGUCGCUUUAAGUCCUGCCCCUCGGAGCCAGCCAACAGCAGCUGUUCCAUAUUCAUCAAGCCCUUGAGUCUUAAAGAGCCCUAUCCCGAGCAUGGAAAAAGUCAUUCCUCUCGCUCGCACUCUCAUGCUCCCUCCAUCUCCGCGCUCAUCCCGCCGCCGCCUGCGCUUCUCCGUCUCUCACCCCCUUUUACCUCUCUGUCUGUCCGUCCCUCCUCCCCUUCGCCCUCUUUCACCCCCUCUCUCUCCGUAACACACAUUUACUCUCACACACUCGGACACACACUCCUUCUCGCUCUCCCUCACGGUCACACACACACACACACACUCACACAUGCAUACACACUCAAUUCAUCAGAGCCCGACAUACCUGUGCAGGCUGAGGGGGAGCAGCGCUGGAGGGGCUUUUCGGCAGCGUUGUCUCUGAGGGUGCUGUGCCAUCAUUUGGGGGAAGAAGCGGGUCUCAGUUGUUUUCUCUUUCCUCUUCCUCUCAUUCCUGGAAUGCUAAAACUGGACUGAUGGACAUUUCCGAACUUUGUCUUCCAGACCCUCUCAGCUAUCAUAACCAGGCUUUGUUGUCCAAUUCAUUAGAGAGGUUCCUGAGUCCAAUGGCCACGCUGGAGCCUUCUCAUUUCUGGCUGCUGAAUAGAAUGGCAGCUGAUGAACGACAUCUACCCUCCAGCUGUGGGUCCUACAUCAAGACAGAACCGUCCAGUCCCUCCUCGGUCAUCGACACAGUCAGCCACCACAGCCCCAGCGGCAACUCAGACGCCAGCGGCGGCUAUGUCAACGCCAUGAACAGCCACUCGAACGGCCUGGACUCUCCGCCCAUGUUCACCCCCGGCGGGCUYGGCGCCGGCUCCUGCCGCAAGCGCUACGACGACUGCUCCAGCACCAUCAUGGAGGACUCAUCCAUAAAGUGCGAAUACAUGUUGAACUCGCUCCCCAAGAGGCUGUGCCUGGUCUGUGGAGAUAUAGCCUCAGGGUAUCACUAUGGGGUAGCUUCUUGUGAGGCCUGCAAAGCCUUUUUUAAAAGGACAAUACAAGGUAACAUAGAAUACAGCUGUCCGGCCACAAAUGAAUGCGAGAUCACAAAACGGAGACGCAAAUCUUGUCAGGCUUGUCGCUUCAUGAAAUGCCUCAAAGUGGGGAUGCUCAAAGAAGGUAAGAAGAGGGUUCGGCUGGAUCGUGUGCGAGGGGGCAGACAGAAGUACAAACGGAGGCUGGACACAGAAAACAACCCGUACCUGGGUUUGACGCUUCCCCCUCCUACCAAAAAGCCCCUCACAAAGAUAGUGUCUCACCUGUUGGUAGCAGAGCCAGAAAAGAUCUAUGCUAUGCCUGACCCCACAAUGCCAGAGAGUGACAUCAAGGCUCUUACGACGCUGUGUGACUUGGCUGACCGAGAGCUGGUGGUCAUUAUCGGUUGGGCUAAACACAUCCCAGGUUUCUCUACCCUGUCCUUGGGUGACCAGAUGAGUCUACUGCAGAGCGCCUGGAUGGAAAUCCUCAUCCUCAGCAUUGUGUUCCGCUCACUGCCAUACGAAGACGAGCUCGUGUACGCGGAGGACUACAUCAUGGACGAGGAGCACUCGCGGCUGACAGGCCUGCUCGACCUCUACGUCUCCAUCCUGCAGCUGGUCCGCAAAUACAAGAAGCUCAAAGUGGAGAAGGAGGAGUUUGUCACCCUCAAAGCCAUCGCUCUCGCCAACUCAGACUCCAUGCACAUAGAGGACAUGGAGGCGGUCCAGAAGUUGCAGGAUGCUCUCCACGAGGCCCUGCAGGACUACGAGAGCAGCCAGCAUCAGGAGGACCCGCGACGGGCUGGCAAACUGCUCAUGACGCUGCCCCUGCUGAGGCAGACAGCCACUAAGGCUGUGCAGCACUUUUACAGCAUCAAGGUGCAGGGCAAGGUGCCCAUGCACAAACUGUUCCUGGAGAUGCUGGAGGCCAAGGUCUGAUGGAGGAGCUGAUCGACCACGGCUACGUUACAGGGAGAGGGACUUGAACCAAGGCUGAAGGUUCUCAGGAGGAGGAGACACACAUUAGGAGUGCAAGACAGAGGCUGGCAUUUCUCCUCCUCUUCUUGGAAUCCUGGGACAGAAUAAUAAAUUAAAAAACAAGUGGAAAACUU